AUGGCACAUUCAAGGCUGGCUUCUAUCAGCUCAUCAAUUGCUUCUACUGCUGCCCAUAAUAACCACCCACAAGCAAUUGGACCUUGGAAAUUGGGCAAAACCUUGGGAAGGGGAGCUACUGGAAGGGUAUUACUAGCUACUCAUCAAACUACAGGACAAAAAGCAGCCGUUAAGGUAGUUUCCAAGUCAGAACUAAGAGAAGAAGAAGAAGGAGGAGGAGAAAAAGAAGGCCAUGGCACCACCAAUAAUGCAAACGGCGAAGGUCAAGGAUUGCCUUACGGAAUCGAACGUGAAAUCAUUAUAAUGAAACUUCUUACCCAUCCUAAUGUUCUUAGAUUAUAUGACGUGUGGGAAACCUCGAAAGCACUUUACUUGGUAUUGGAAUACGUUGAAGGCGGAGAACUAUUUGACUUGUUGGUUGAAUUGGGUCCCUUGCAAGAACCCGAAGCUAUCAAAUACUUCCGGCAAAUAGUCUUGGGUACUGCUUAUUGCCAUGCAUUGGGUAUAUGCCAUCGAGAUUUGAAACCGGAAAAUUUAUUAUUGGAUGCUCAGUUGAAUGUCAAAUUGGCUGACUUUGGUAUGGCUGCUUUGGAAAGUAAUGGCAAAUUACUUGAAACAUCUUGUGGAUCGCCUCAUUACGCUGCUCCUGAAAUUGUUAGUGGGUUCAAAUAUCAUGGAGCUGCUUCUGACGUAUGGUCCUGUGGUGUUAUAUUGUUUGCCUUAUUAACGGGGAGACUACCAUUUGAUGAUGAAAAUAUUCGUAAUCUUUUACUUAAAGUCCAGGCAGGAAGCUACGAAAUGCCCGUGGACGAGAUUAGUAGAGAAGCACAAGAUUUAAUCAAGAAGAUGUUGGAAGUUGAUCCUGCCAAGCGAAUCACCACUGAGAAUAUCUUGAGACACCCAUUAUUAACUAAAUACCCUUGUUCGAACGAAGAUUUGAUUAGUGAAAAAUCAUUACCACACCCAGAAACUGCUUACAAGUCACUCGGGUCAGUGAAAAAUAUCGAUAAACAAAUAUUAUCAAAUUUGUCCAUUUUAUGGAAUGAUCGAUCAGAGCAAGAUAUAAUUAAAUGUCUCUUACUGAAUGGAGCAAACCCGGAAAAGACGUUUUAUGCUUUGCUUUUGAGGUAUAGACACUCAAGUAAUGAUCAGACAGGUCCAGCUACGGCUACUAAGUCGACCAGUUUUGACAACAACAUCAGCAGCAAGAUCGCUAGAAGUGGGUCAAUAGGAAGAUCGCCUGCCGGUAGAAAACGCACCAGUCAGAUUAGUGUGUCAAGGCCAACCUCGUUUCAAUACAAAAAUGGAUUUGGAUCAAGUGGAAGUAACAACAGGAAUGCCCUUGCCAGGCUAUCCGCAGCAUCGUCGGUCAAUAAUUCGCCGAGAAAAGUUAUUAAGAAGAGACAGUCUUUUGCCCGUUCUCCAUCGGGUUCACCAACCAAACCUAAGCAAAGACAGCAGCAGCACCAGGAAAACUCAAACGUUAAAGCUACACCUCGUAAUAUUUAUGAUGACAUUAUUCAAUCUCAGAGCACACAAUCAGUUCCACCUUCGUUGCCUUCAAAAGACUCGUAUUACGCUGAGCAACCAUCAGGUUUACCAAAGUUAGCAGAAAAUCCAGUGGUUGAUGAAUCACCUAACUUGUUACAAUCAGCUAAGGUAUCCACAUCCAAACGGUCUUCAAUGGUAAACAAAAAUAACAAUAAUAAUAGCAAAAGAAUGUCAAAGAGAAGGUCAAUACGUGCCUCCAUGACAGCUGGGUUGAAAAGGAAUUCUAUAACAAUGAAAAUGUUGUCAGUCUAUACCAAAUUAGCUGGUGAAGACGAUUGGGAGUAUAUGGAUAAACAAACCAAGAGAACCUCGGCUACUUUUGCUGCAUUGUGUGACAAAAUCUUUAACCAAGAGGAUUACGAUAAGGAUGAUGAAGAAUUGGCUGAUCCCGAAGAAUUGGAAGCUAAAGAAUAUGAAAGAUUGAUGGAAAUUGAACGCAAGAAACACGAGGCUGAGCUAAGAGCACGAAAGGAGUUGGAGAAGAAAAAGAGAAGACUGAAGAGAAGAUCCUUGCUCAGUUCAAGGAAACUCAGUAUUAUUGUAAAGGAGGACGAGGAGGAACCUCAGGACUCACACAUGGAAACAAUAAAUGAGCAAGAAAUCACCCAACCCAAACGUCAAUCAAAACAUUUGGGUGCUUUACGGGCUCUUUCUGAAGGACAAGCGCAAUCUGAUGAACUAACCAUGCAAGAUGUUGAGCAAUUGAAAAGGAGAUCAGCAAGCCAGCCGGUGAAGAAGAGGACACAGACCCCGAUAUUGACUAGGCGACCUGUUUCCCGGUUAGAUCCACUUUGGCAAGCCCAUCAUAAUGAACAGAUUGAAAGAGCUCAAGAUGCGUUGGAGAAUGAGUGGAAGGGUGGCAAUAAAAAGAAGGACGAGGACGCCAAGAGUAAAUCCAAGAAAAAGAUCAAUAGGGAGUCGAUGGUUUCUGUCAUGGACGAUAUAGUGGAGGAUGAUGACGGCCACCACUCGGAUAAGAGAAGACCAUCAAAGGAUAGCUACUAUGAUGAGAACGAGGACUUUGAAUUACCUGAGCCUGAUGUUGUUGAUUCAAAUUUGAGUGAUGAAUAUAUGUCGGAAAUUAGAAAGUCACGAUUGCUCAACAGUCAAAAGAAUCUCGGAAAGAUUGCAAAUGGUGGAGGCAAUAACAAUGGUCAACCUCAGACUUUGAUAAGUGGUGUCAAGAUACCGAAUGUAACGAGAAAGUCAAGGCACUUCUCCAACUCAAACAAAAGGCUAUCGGUGUUGUCGAUGUAUUCAACCAAGGAAUCGUACCGUGAUUUAAAUUCAAUUAUUGAAUCGCAUACACCCGAUAAUGACGAUGAGGAGCAGCCUCCAAUACCACCCUUGCGAACUAGUUUUGCUGAUAGAUUGGACAAGGCUGGCUUGCCUGAGGAAGACGAAGAUGGUGAAGAUGGGGAGGCCCAUUCGGUUAUUGACUUUGACCAGCAUUUGGCCGAUAAGAGACAUUCAUACUAUGAUUCAUCGAAUAAGCGGGUAUCUCGGGCCUCGACCACCAGGAGGUAUAGUAAAUCAGCCAGACCAGAAUCGAAAGUGCCUGCAUUGCCAACAGAGGACUCCGAUAACACUUUUAACAGUAGGGGCGAACCAACGGGCAAGAUUCAUCGCACUAGGCCUUCAGAUGGAUCGAGUGAUGCCGAUGAUGUUUUUGACAAGAUAAAGCUACCCGACGGAAAAUCGAGUAAAUCGUCUAUUGAUGUGCUUGCUAAUGGGACUUCAGCUACAGCUCAUAAACAAGCUAAGCAGGGUAAACAGUCCUCCAUGGUUCCUGCUGGACAUGAAAACCCUCCUCAACGUGAAGCAUCACAACCAAUGACUAAAGUUCGUGAAUCAAAACCCCAUGCAUCGUCUACUGCGACACCAGCUUCAGCUUCAGCACCACCUCCUCCACCACAUAAGAAACCAUUGGAUGAUAAAACCAACAAUUAUCCUGAACCAAAUAACAAAUCACGAAAGGGGUCAUUUUUGAGGAAAUUCUCCUGGGGAUCUAAAAAGAGCGUUGAUGGUGGUGGGAACAAUCAACUUCCAAGCCCAGUUGAAUCGCACGAAGAAAAACCCAAAUCAUCCUUCCUUCGUUGGUUUUCAUCCUCCUCGUCAUCCAACUCUGCACCACUAGAUUCAGAAAUUAGAAGAUUUGCCACCCUUUUACCGCGUGAUGAAAUGAUAACGGCAUUAUUCACAUUACUCCGAUCAUGGUCGAAUUUCGGGUUAAAAGAUUUGAAGAAUGAUUCAUUGAGUUAUACCAUCACCGGAGCAAUAUCGAAAUACAAUUCAUUUGAUUUGAAAAGUUGUAAAUUUAGAAUACGCGUGGCGCCCAAGGAUUUGAACCAGAAAUCAGAAAUCAUUUGUGCUAGAUUGAAGGGAUCUAAAGUCACCACUGAUACUUUGUUUAAUGAGAUUGAAAAAGUGUUGGAGAAGGAAGGUGUUAUGGAUAAAUAG